CUAUGAUCACCUUUUUAGCUCUAUUUUGAGCGCCACCGGCGUCGGUGUUCACCUGUGACCUGGCCGUGACCUGUGGGUCGGUACGGGGACACCUCAGUGUGGGUGGGGUCCCGUCGUGUCCUGCAGCGGCAAACACCUGCAGUCAGUAGAGGCUCAGAGGCCGGUGCCGUUGGAGUCGGUGGUGGGUGCCGUUCCCGAUCCCGGUUCGACGCACGCUCCCGAGUGACGGUGACCUGGCGAGGUCGAACUCGACAUACAGCCUGCUGGCGCUGUAUAAAGUCGGCCAUGCUGCACCUGCUGGUGGUUUUACUCGCUAUCCUGGGUAUCGCAGUGGUAGUGAGAAUACUUCUGGAGAGCAGGAAAAAUUAUGCACCCGGUAAGAUCUGUUAAUUCCGCAGUUACAAUAAAUGUUACGAAACGCUUGCGCUCAUCAAAUUAACAUCAAUUUACCUCUGUGCUCAAUGAGCCAACGAGAGUAUUGAAAAGCGACCGUUAAAUUUCAUGUGGCUCUAAUUCGAAGUCCGAUGCCCAGUCAUUCCGCCGUCCCAGCGACAGUGCAUAUUUGUCUGCAAGGGUGAUGAACUUAAUCCUAAUAUUUAGUGAGCCAGUUCAUGUAACAAAGUCAAGGGCAGUUUUAAUUACGUUAAGUCGUCCACAUUUGAAACGGUUUAUGGCUGUUUCCACAGGUCCGUUCAGCUUUCCAUUUCUGGGGUACUAUGGCCAGGGCAGGCUCAUCAACAAGCUCCUUCACAAGGAGUUCGAGACCUUGGGCACCAAGUACGGCAACAUCAUCUUCUUCAAGCUCUUCAUGGACCAGCCGGUACUGGUUGUUCGCGGAUAUGAUUUGGUCAAGGAGGCGACGUCUAGCCGCGCCUUCUCGGGCGUGGGCCAGCCGCUCAUGUUCCGGGAGGCGGCACUCCACCGGCGGCUCGGGCUCAUCUUCUCUGACGGCGACAACUGGGGUCAGAUGCGCCGCUUCACCGUCCGUGCCCUACAGGAGCAGGGUUUCGGGCGCAGUCGGCGCUCGGACAACAUCAACUCUGAGCUGGGAGAGGUGCUGGCGCGGCUGUCGGCGGCGGCGGACGGCGGGGGAGGAGUCCACGUGCGCCACCUGUUCACGGCGCCGGCAGCCAACUCGCUGCUGCAGCUGGUACUCGGAGAGAAGAUGCCGGGGGACGGCCGACUGCAGCGCGCGCUCUACCUCGUCGACAGGAACACGGCCGCCUUCAGUCCGUCCUACCUGCACCUGGAGUUGUUUCCCUGGCUGAGACUCGUGGCGCCGCGGGCCUCCGGCUUCCUCGAGCUCCGACAGAGCAUCCUCGAGUUGGUACACCUCUUCGACCCGCAAAUCGAACGGCAUAAGUCUGCUUUGGACGACGCUAAACACCACGGGCCGCCCAGUGACUUGGUUGAAGCCUUUUUACGAAAACAGAGCGACUCCGCACCGCCUCACGCCUUCUCUAACGACAACCUCAGAGUCCUGCUGCGCGACCUGUUCGUUGCCGGCAUGGACACGGCCAGCACAGUGAUGGAGUGGGUGGUGAUGAUGCUGGUCCAGCACCCUGAAGCGCAGGAGCGAGCCGCGGCUGAGGUCGAGGAAGUGAUCGGUCGGGAUCGCGCGCCCUCCAUUGACGACAUGCAGAUGCUACCCUACGUCGACGCCUUCAUCGAGGAGACGAUGCGGAUGAACCCCGUCCUUCCCGUGAUCCAGCACUCGACCACAUUCGGCGCUGCUCGACUGGGUGGUCACCACGUACCGGCCAACUGUCGGGUCAUCUUCGACUUCCGCAGUGUGAUGCACGAGCGGUCCUUCUGGGGCGACCCGGAGCAGUUUCGGCCGGAGCGGUUCCUCGGUCCGGACGGGCCGCGACUCAGGGGGAGGAUGUCCGCCUUCGGGAUGGGUCUCCGGCGCUGUAUCGGGGAGACGCACGCUCGCCAGGUGCUGUUUCUGUUCACGGCCGGGAUUCUGCAGCGGUUCAGACUGGAGUGCGUGGAUGUGGGGCGGCGGGAGACGGGUGGAGAUGAGCUAAGCCUGGUAUUGAAACCGCCAGAUAUCGUAGUCACCGUGGAGCGCAGGGGCUGAGGACAGGUCUCUGGGUGUCGAGUCAGAAUACUCAUCUGAUAUGUCUACCCACGGCAGGAUGUUCUUUUCUUACCACUAGAUCGUUAGAUUUGAGGAUUAUGCGGCACAAUACGCGAGCUCCGAACCAGUCAGAUCAGUGUUGAAAGGUUGCAAAGUUAUUUGUUCAACGGUGACGGGCUUUCACGAUGAAUACACCAUGUUCCGACA